AUAAGACUUGAGCCUAGUCCUCCCGUUCUCAGGCACAAUGUCGACGACCGCCGCAGUUCAAGGCUCAACCAUCUUCGCCUCCUGCGUUGCCCGCUCGACCAAAUCCAGGAGACCUUUCGCCAUCUUCUCCUCCCUCUCGACCCCUCCUCCGUCCACCCCUCGACUUAUCAGAAACUCACCCGUCUUCGCCGCACCUUCCACUCUCACAACAGCAGUGGAAAUGGACGCCGUCGAGAGGAUGAAGUCAGGGUUCGAACACUUCAAGACGCAGAUCUACGACAAGAAUCCUGAGCUUUUCGGCGAGCUCGCCAAAGGACAGAGCCCAAAGUUCAUGGUGUUCGCGUGUGCGGACUCGCGCGUGUGCCCGUCGGUGAUCCUCAAUUUCAGCCCCGGGGAGGCCUUCAUGAUGCGCAACAUUGCCGCCAUGGUCCCUCCCUUCGAUAAGACUAAGUAUUCUGGCGCAGGUUCAGCCAUAGAAUAUGCGGUCCUUCAUCUCAAGGUGGAGAACAUAGUGGUAAUUGGGCACAGUUGCUGCGGUGGUAUCAAGGGGCUCAUGUCCUUCAAGGGUGAUGGGUCUAGCGGCACUGAUUUUAUUGAGGACUGGGUGAAGGUGUGCUUACCAGCAAAGGAAAAGGUGAUCUCGGAACACUCUGCAUUGCCUUUUGAAGAGCAGUGCACCAAAUGUGAAAAGGAAGCUGUGAAUACCUCCCUCGAGAACUUGAAGACGUACCCCUUCGUUAAGGAAGGCAUAGAGAAGAAGACCCUCGCUAUCCAUGGAGGAUACUACGAUUUCGUUAAGGGCGAAUUUGAGACAUGGCAGAUCUAAUUCCUUUGAGAUGCGACAUAAUUAACAACUCUUCACAUCCAAGAGCCUCUCCUACUUUUCGAGAGUCUAUCAGCAUAAUGUUAUGACCUUAUAUGUUUUUUUUUUGUUUCGACCUGGUAUCUCUUUAAAUGUAUGGUGUACUUUGAUCUUCUUCAGAUCAAGUCUAUGAAUGAAUAAUUUAUAAUCUCCCCUUUCUUCUCUA